GAAAGCCAGCGGCUGUUACACAAAUGCUUGCAAAUGAGCGCAGUGCAUAUAGAGAAGUGUGCCUUCGUUGCAUGAGUGGUUUCGUCGGGGAGUCUUCUCCAAGAUGAGAAGAACAAGCUCUUGGGUUCUGGAGCUGUCCCUCUCCCUGAGCCUCUUCAUCUGUGGCAGAGCGUUCCAGCAGCCCCUGCCAAUCCAGCCUCCACGGGCCUCCUUUGCUGAAGGGACUACGGCCGUCUUGCAGUGCCGCCUGGAGCGUGGCCACAUCCAAGACUACCACGUCUCCUGGUUCCGGCAAACGCCAGGGGACCCGCCGGCUCACCUAGCCAGCAUCAUCACAAGGACGGGCGAACGGAACGCGUCGGGGGCUGCAGCGAGAGAUUCGUGCCCGUCCGGGACGCGGGUGCCAAUGCCCUACGAGCUGCAGAUCCAGGGGCAAUUAGACGUGGAGGACAAGUGCUGCCCACUGGGUUUUCCAAAAUCCACAAAAUUAAGGGAUCUUUCAGUGGUCCUCAAGCCGGGUGAACCCCAUCCUGGGAUCGGAAGACUAGGGCCCUGCCUAUCCCGUAUCCCGCCAGCCAUGUUCAGCUCUCCUCCCUACAUCAUGAGGAGAAAUCCGCUACAGGAACCAGUGAGAUCACGCUCUUUGUUCGAUCGCUGCCGCCCAGACAAAUGCGAUUCUUCCAGGAUCUCCAAUGCUUUCAGCCUUGCUGAGGGACGGUUCCAGGCUUUCAGGAGGAUAAAGUGGAGCCUGGCUGGGAAAGCCACCAUCACAGAGGGCGUGACCCCUGGACAAGUCAUCCUGAACAACAGCAGCAGCAGCAAUGCCUCCUACAGCACCACCAGCCUCCUGACUAUCCCCCGCGUCCUGCUUUGCGACAGAGCCUCUCUCAAGUGCUGGGUGCACCAUUAUUCUUCCGGCUCCAAAGCAGAGAGGAGUCUUGAGUUGUGCUAGAGCAAAUCGGGGGUGAGGGGUUCACAUCCUGAUGCUUUCACGCGCAGAAAACGAGCCCUCCUCCCCAUGUGGGGGGUAUUCAUAUUCAUGCGCUUCAUAUCCAUGCAGUGCUUGACCAUCAUUUUAC